AUGCCACUUAUGAGACGCCGAUGGCUUAGUUUUUCACGUUUUGCCAUGCGUCCAAGAAAUUACGGUAAUGGACAACAACAACAACAGCCGCAACAGUGUCGUAAGCGUAAAACUAAAAAAUAUUACCCGGGCUAUACAAAUGUUAUGCAAAUGGAGUGCGCAGGCAAAAGACGGAAAAAGGACCUGCAGAUGUUUACCACACUGUCGAAUAACGCUACCCUUCAAAGAAACGUUCCGUUUGAUUUACCACGAACUGUCUACCUGAUGCGUGUAUUGGAUAACCUCAGACAUCAGAAGCCGGUGAAGAACGAUGAGGAGGGUACAUCGGAAGAAAAUACCACCCAAGAAACAUUCGACACGGAAGAAAAAAUGUUACCGAUAAAUGAUAUGCAGACAGCGACGAAGCAUUUCAGUUAUGCGCAGUCACCAUCGACAAAUCAACAUACUUCCAUUCCGCCGUUCGUUCCACCUCCGCCGAUAGUCUUUGCCAAUUUACAACCACCGAAUGAUGACGAAGCAUUGGCGAGUAUGCUAAUGUCAUGCAAAAGUAUCAUGACUACAGCUGAUUGUGUAGUGAUACGGGUUGGUCUCGAAUGGUUAAUGUACGCUCACCAGUAUUUCGAUAUCUAUUCCAAGUCACCGGUUAAAUGUCUGGAAGUUUAUAGCGUCACAUCAAAUAUGAAUUGA